CGACGCAAGCAGCCGCGACGCCAUUUGCUGCUGUCGAGCGUGGGCGCAAGCGGAUCUCGGAAGAACCCAGUCUCCAGACUCUCCGGCGCACGCUACUCGGCCUCCAAGAGCCUGCUUGGUCCCGCGUGCGCUCUUUCGUGUCUCCCAUCGCGCCCCUCUGAAGGAGUCCCCUCCUCCGCCGUUCCCUCUCGGAAAGAAGUCGGAGACUCCGCGAGUCCACCUUCACCGCCAUGCCCAAGAAUAAAGGUAAAGGAGGUAAAAAUAGACGCAGAGGUAAGAAUGAAAAUGAGUCUGAAAAAAGAGAGCUGGUAUUCAAAGAGGAUGGGCAAGAGUAUGCUCAAGUAAUCAAAAUGUUGGGAAAUGGACGAUUAGAAGCAAUGUGUUUCGAUGGUGUAAAGAGGUUAUGUCAUAUCAGAGGGAAAUUGAGAAAAAAGGUUUGGAUAAAUACCUCAGACAUCAUAUUGGUUGGUCUUCGAGACUACCAGGAUAACAAAGCUGAUGUAAUUUUAAAAUACAAUGCAGAUGAAGCUAGAAGUCUGAAGGCUUAUGGCGAGCUUCCGGAGCAUGCUAAAAUCAAUGAAACUGAUACAUUCGGUCCUGGAGAUGAUGAUGAAAUUCAGUUUGAUGACAUUGGAGAUGAUGAUGAGGACAUUGAUGAUAUCUAAAUUGAACACAACACUUUACAUUCCAAUUUUUCGGAAGAUUGUCCUGCAGUUUGGAUUUUGGCCAUAACCCUAAAAGAAGAUUAAAUUUUCAUUAGCAUGAUUGUGAUUUGUUAAGGCAGACUGAUUUGUUUCUAAGGUAUUUGUUUCCUUAAAACUGAUAAUGCUGAAUUAUCUUAAGUGAAACAUUAAGCCCAUUUUGUGCUAUUGAUGUAAUGGAGCUUAUGGAUAGAAGAGCACAUCUAUUUAAAAAAAGAAAAAAGAAAAAAAAAAUACAUUACUGCCUUUCCUACUUUGACCACUUGCAGUAAGUAAAUGGAUGUUUUGAAUAAACCAUUUGCCUUGUACUUGUUAUGAAUUAAAAUUAAGCCCUACUUUUGACUAGCCUGUUGACUAUACAGAAUUUUUCUGUAUAUUCCAGUUACCAAAUGUUCCCUAAAAAUUUUGGAGGCAGAAAUCUGCAUUUGAAGUCAAAACAAUACGCCUGUUUUCUCAUAUUUAAGUAGCAUUUACUUUUACACUAAUUUUGAUAUCUGCAUUCUUUUCAUGAUCUUAUUUUGCCAUCUUAAACAUGGGGGAUGGGGAAUAUUUCUAAAAUGUAGUUUUAGAACCUGGGUUGUAAUAGCAAAUUUUAAUUUGUAAAGGUGGUAGUUACAGAAAUUGAGCACUAGGUGGCACCCAGCUAUCUUAACAUUGGAAAUAUUGGUAGGUUCCCCCCCCCUCAUUACUGUGCAUAGGAAAUUUCCUAAACAGGAAAAGAUUGUUUUGAUCAUAUGUAUGUAGAAUAUUUUUGCAGAACAGAAAGAUUAUGUUAAAAGUGUUAUUUUAUUUUUAGAAGUCAUGUACAAGCUACAUUUUGAAUGCUUUAUUAACACUUAAAAUAUAUAAAUGAAGAUUUAAAUUCAUAACAACUUGUACAACUUAAGCCUUUUCAACCUAUCCCUAACCUGGGGAAAUAAGAAGGAAAAAUCACAAACUUAAUGAAAACAUGGUCUCCAGUUUCUGAAUGGAAGAGCUACAGCUAAAAAAUAUAAUAAAGAAAACAUCAUGCUGCAGAGUAUAUUAUAUCUUGGUUUGUAUUAAGGAUGUAUUUUAUUAUGUGGAAAGUUUCCUUUGCUUGUGUUAGGAGUGUAGGUAUGCCUUUAGUUUUUCAUUGUCAAUUCUUCAAACCUCACUAGCCACAUUGUAAUCAUAAUACCAUUUUAAAACAGAUCUAUUUAUGUUGCUUGUUGAACUUCUAUUCCAUUGGUCUCCAAAGAUUUUUUUUCAGUGAUGAAAAGUAAUACACAUGGUAAUGAACCUUCAUAUGGCUUAAAAAAAACAAGCAGAGCUUCUCUAAUCCCACUCAAUUAUAAUUUACUUUCCUAAGUGUAAAAACUGAAUUUAAAAUCUGAGGUACCAUAAAACACUAUUAGAACAGUAUAGAGUGCCUCACUGUGGUUUAUGUUUCUUAUUCUAUGGAGUUUCUGAACAUUUAUCUGGGUGGAAUGCAUCUGAGACCAGGGGCUGAUUUUUAGUAUUCAUAAGAAACCAGCCUUGGAGAGUUUUAGUGAUUGUCUUCAUCAGUAAUCAAAAUAUGAGAUAUUUAGGUUUCUAUACCUAAAAGUGUUUUGCUAAAUUUAUAUUGUACCUUAGAUCUUCCAUGUAAUUUUACCAAGACUGAACUCUGCAUUUGUAAUAUAGUUCCUGGUAGGGAUAGUACAACUCAAAAAAUUUAGUUUACUUUCUACUUACAUCCUCUAACAAAUAUGAUUUCUUUAAAGAGUUUUUAAAAAUUACAGCUAUGUCCCCAAUUCAUGUAUUUACUGAUGGUAUAUUUUUUCAUGCUUGGGUAGUAACAGCCCAGUAUAUUGCUGUUGCCUCCUGAAAAAAUGUGGAAUGAUAAUGAUUAAAUAUUUGAGCUAAGGUUAUAUCUCAUGCAGUGCUACUUGGAGGAAUUCUAUGAUGUGAAAACUAUAAUUUUAUUGAUCUGAUUUUACUUCAAAUAAGGCAUGGGAGUGAGUGGUCCUCAAAACUCUUGGUUUUUUUUUGGGGGGGGGUUAUACUCUUUGAUUCCCAUAUUACAAUGCUAUAAGCAAUGCCCAGAAAGAAAAAUAAAAGGCUUAAAAUCUAAGAAUAAUGCUUCUUAAUGCUAAGAGGGUAUAAUAGUUAUUACUAAUCAAUUUGAGAAGGUUUCAUUUUUCAUGCAGUUUAUUCUACUUCCAGUUAAGAGUAUAUACAUAUCAUGUUACUAAAGUGGCUGAAUAACCAAACCAAGCAUUCAUGUAAAAAGUUGUGCAAAGAUUUAGUUGUUUGUUGAAUCUUUCUUGAACAUCCAGCUUUUAAAAAGACCACUUAUUUAGGAGCCUGUACACUAUGCAUGAUGACAAUUUUUAUAUUUUAUUGAAAAACAGCCAUUGAUUUAUUCAUUGCAUCUAUGGAAUCAUGGCUGAAAAACUGUCUGGCUUGUAAUUAAACUAAAUUUCAUCUAUCUUACAUAACCAUUAACUUAUGAUAUUGAAUAACAUCUUUAAUAGCUAUAAACUGCUGUCAUUGUUGACUUCAGAGUGACUCUGAAUAAAUAGGUAAAAGCAUGUUUUGAAUAAAAUACCUAGCUAGAUUUCUAUUCGAUUCAUAUUGUGUGCAGAUAUAUCGACAUCCAGUAUUGGCUGUGGCUUGACAGUUAAAGUAUCAGAAUGAAAAUGAGGUUCUUUAUGUUACCUGUAUGUUUAUCUUUUUCCUACUUAGUAAGGGUAAGUUUCAUUUAUUCUGUUAACUUUUCCAUGAACUUUCCAUGAUCUUUUUCAUACCACUUUUUUUGUUUGGGUUUACCUUAAACUAUCAUCCUUUUUUUCCUUCCUAUUCAGAAAACAACAAAAUCCGAAUUCUUAGUAUAAGUGUGAAGAGAUAUUAGACUCUCAGGUAUAGAAUAAACAGCAAUUCAGAGAGUAUAUUGGAAUUUGCCCACCCACCUGCUUAUUCCUUGUGAGGCAAUGUGCUAGGAAGAAAAGCACAGAAGGCCUGGGAUCAGGUGGCCUGUACCUAAAACCUCCACUGCUCUGAACCACAGGUAACCAUGGGUGCCUUUUCCAGCUUCUCUUAGCUUCAGGCUCCUUACCUGUAAGAUAGGGAUGAUGAGAAUAGUACCUGUCUCUCUGAAUUGUCGGGAGGAUUAAUAACAUAGAUCUUUAUAUGUGUAAUGCACUGAGAGCAGUGUCUGCCUCUUUUCACUUUGAUACCCAGGACUGUGUAAGAUAGAAGAUGCAUGUCUUUUAUGUUCUCUACCAUAUCUUUUGCUUGCAGUCUUUGAUUACUAUGAUAGAAAGAACAUGUAGAGUAUAUAUUUGUAUAUUUAUGUGGACACGAUAUUUAAAGUAAUUGCUACCAACCUUAUUUAAUUCAGCAUAAGACUAAAAGAUGAAAGACUCAAAGUUGCUUGAUAUUUUAUAGAAUAACAACUGCUCUAUAUUUCUUUAGAGAAAGUUUAUAGUUACCAAUAUUCAUGGCUCUGGUGAUAUUUCAUUUUUAAGUCUUUGGUGAGUCCUUUUAUGUCCUUUUACUAUAGAUUCAUGACAACUAAUUAGUACUGGCUGGUUUGGAGGUUUCCUUUCCCAUCAUGUGGAAUACUGUAAAGAAAUCAGAUGCAAACUGCAAUUAGAAAAUAAAAUAUGAAUCAACUUCCA